AUGGCAGGCCAAGACAAGAAAAAGUCCAGAAAGGCCGGUGGAGCCAAGGGCGAAGCCGGCAAGGUCAUCACCGAUCCUCGAUUUGCUAGCAUCCAAUCCGAUCCUCGUUACCGUCUUCCCAGCAAGCGCCAGACCCAUGUCAAACUUGACAAGCGAUUUGCGCAUAUGCUUGAGGAUAAGGAUUUCUCUCGCAAUGCCGCCGUUGAUCGCUAUGGACGCAAAUUGGCUCGGGAUGACACCAAGCAGCAAUUGAAAAAAUUCUAUCGCCUGGACGAGGAUGACGAGGAUGAGGACGAGGACGAGGACAAAGUUAGCGUCGAAGAUGACGAUGUCGUUGAAAAGGAAUUGAAGCGGGUCGACGUACCUGGCUACGAUCCUGCUCGUGACGGUGGCUUUUCUUCUUCCUCUUCUGAAGAUGAAAGCUCCAGCGAUGAAGAUGAAGAUGAAGCAGCAGCCGAGAACGAAAACGAGGAACUUGAAUUCCCCGACAAAGAGCGCGCUGAUGUUCCUCUUGGAGAAGUUACGGAACGGAUAGCUGUUGUCAACUUGGACUGGGAUAAUAUUCGGGCGGAGGACCUGAUGGCUGUCUUCUCUAGUUUCCUUCCACCCGGAGGCCGCGUCUUGAACGUUUCUGUCUACCCCAGUGAAUUUGGAAAGGAGCGCAUGGAGAGGGAAGAAGUGGAAGGUCCCCCGAAGGAAAUUUUUGCGAAGAAACAAGAAGCUCCGAGUGAGGAUGAAGAAGAGCUUGAUUCUGAUGAAGAGGAGGAGGAAAUCAAGAAGUCUCUGCAGAAGAGCGACGAAGGCGAGGAAUUCAACACAACACAGCUGCGACGUUAUCAGCUGGAGCGACUACGCUACUACUAUGCUGUCCUCACAUUCUCCUCCAAGGAGGGUGCCAAGCAUGUCUAUGAUCUUGUGGAUGGCGCGGAGUACCUAUCUAGUGCCAACUUCUUCGAUUUACGAUUCGUUCCCGAGGACACCGAUUUUGAUGACGACAAGCCACGAGAUGUCUGCAACCGAAUUCCCGAUGGCUACAGACCAAACGACUUUGUGACGGACGCUCUCCAGCACAGUAAGGUCAAGUUGACAUGGGAUGCGGACGACAAAUCACGAAAGGAGGUUCAAGCACGCGCAUUCGGAGGGUCACGAAAGGAUAUUGAGGAAAAUGACCUUAAAGCAUACCUGGGAAGUGACAGCUCCGACAGCGAGGACGAGGAAGAUGGCGGUGUGGAGGUGGUUGACAGUACUGCGGGUGAAGGUGCAGGCGUCAAAUUAUCCAAGCGGGAAGCCGAGAGACAGCGCAUGCGUGCUUUGCUGGGUCUGAGCGCACAGCCUGCCCCAUCCUCUCAACCAAAGGGUCCUACCGGUGAGAUGGAAGUCACUUUUACAUCUGGACUCGCAGGUGGUAAAGCCAAAAACACCAUCUUUGAGAACGAACCAGAAAUUGACGAGACCACUCGUGAAAGAUAUGUACGAAAGGAACGUGAGCGCAAGCAGCGCCGAAAGGAAAAGGUUAAGUCUGGCAAGUCCGACGAACACUCUGAAGAAACCAAGGAAGUUGCCAGUGGCGAUGAGUUUGAUGCCGAGGCACCACAAGAAGAGGAUCUUGGUUUCAAUGAUCCCUUCUUCGACGAUCCUUCUGGUAAGGCCACUUCUGCGUCUAUUCGCAAGGAGGAGAGGCGUAAGAAGCGCGAGGAGCGUGAAGCUGAAGAGGCUGCCUCUGCUGCUCAGCGGGCUGAGCUCGAACUCCUGAUGGUGGACGAUAAGGAGGCAACCAUCAAACACUUCAACAUGACCGAAAUUGAAAAGGCAGAGAAGCAAGCACGGAAGAAGGGCAAGGGCAAGGGCAAAGGAAAAGCCAAGGCGGCAGCUGUCGAAGACAACUUCAAUGUGGACACCCAGGAUCCCCGGUUUUCUCGUCUGUUCGAGAGUCAUGAGUUUGCCAUUGAUCCGACCAACCCUCGCUUCAAGGCCACUUCCGGCAUGAAGGCCCUGCUUGACGAGGGCCGUAAGCGCCGACACACCCGUGAUGACGGUGAAACUGAGGCGGUUUCGUCCACUCAAGACCGGAAAAAGAAGCAGAAGAAGGAAUCUAAUUCGGAUCUGAAAUCGCUGGUGGAUAAGGUUAAACGGCAGUCGAAGAAGGCAUGA